UCUCUGCGCAUGCGCAAUCGUUGUCAUUGGACUGUUGAAUGAUGGCAGCUACACAUGAGGAGUGCAGAGCUUAAAGAGUCUCUUUCUGCUUGAGAUACCAUGACCCAUUCCUCCCGUCGACAGUAGACAGUCACCGGUAGCUCCGCGAAGCUCGUUUAGCUCUUUGCUUUACCCGCUCGUGCCACAAAACAUGCAGAGAAUAAAGCCCCUGAAAACGGUUUGGCAGCUGCUGAAAUCAAGCUGUGCGGGAGCAGCACAACAAGUACACAGCUCGCCUUCGACCUCCCGAUAUUAUAGCCAUCUCCCUCCUCAGGGCUGCGGCUCCUUCGGGCUCCUCUUCGACAUCGAUGGGGUGCUGGUGCGGGGCAGGACGCUGAUCCCCGCAGCCAAGCAGUGCUUCAGGAACCUGGUGGACGGCGAUGGGAAAUACAAGGUGCCGGUGGUGUUCGUCACCAAUGCUGGGAACUGCAUGAGGCAGACCAAGGCUGAGCAUCUGUCCCAUUUGCUCGAGGUGGAGGUGUCUCCAGACCAGGUGGUGCUGUCCCACAGUCCUUUGCGAAUGUUCACCCAGUUCCACAAAAUGCGUGUGCUGGUGUCGGGACAGGGCCCCAUCGAGGAGGUUGCACAUAACCUUGGCUUUCAGGAGGUUGUUACCAUUGAUAUGCUCAGAGAGGCAUAUUCCCUUCUUGAUGUUGUAGAUCACAGCAGAAGGCCCAAAGACAAUAUUCCCUCCACCAAAGGCUUACCACCAAUAGACGCUGUCAUCUUAUUUGGUGAGCCAAUCAGAUGGGAGACCAACCUCCAGCUCAUCGUUGACGUGCUCCAGACAAAUGGGAACCCAGACGAUGCCUGGAGUUCCAUGCGGUACCCUCACAUCCCGGUCCUGGCCUGCAACAUGGACCUGCUGUGGAUGGCUGAGGCGAAGAAUCCCAGGUUUGGUCACGGCAUGUUCCUGGUGUGCUUAGAGAGCCUGUACAAGAAGGUCACAGGCUACGACCUGAAGUACGAGGCUCUGAUAGGUAAACCCAGUGUGGUGACUUAUAACUACGCUGAGAUGCUGAUCAGUCAGCAGGCUGAGAGACUCGGCUGGAACACACCUGUGAAGAGGCUGUACGCAAUAGGCGAUAACCCCAUGUCGGACAUUUACGGCGCCAACCUCUACAAUCACUACCUUCAGGCUUCCCAGCGAACCAAGUCCCAGGUGCAGACUCGGAGUGGCGGAGGAGGUGGAGAUCCCUCGCCAGAAACCGUUGACACCGCUCCGAAAAUGACAUCGGCAGAACUCGGCGGGUCGUCGGUGGCGUUCGGGUCGUCGGAGGACCUCCCAGAGGGGUGCAGCUCCAUCCUGGUGUGCACAGGAGUGUACAGCAGAGACCAGCAGGAGCUGCCCUCGGAGCAGAACAUCUUCCACGGGCACCGGGACUUCCGCUUUGACCCCAGCCUCACGCAGCCGUCCUCUGUGGUGCAGGACGUGAAGGACGCGGUGGAGCUGGUGUUUCAGCAGGAGGGCUGGCCUCUGGAGUAGCACGUCUUACUUAUCCAUGACCCUGGUUAUCACAGGGCAGAUGUAGCCGUUUCGGUGGCUUGUUCUUCGAGAUUUUCACAAAGUGCCACAGAGUCGGUGGCAAAAAGCAGCAAUAUGCAGUUUUACACUAAAUACAGGAAAGUUACACCCAUUUUAAGUCGGUCAGGCAUCGUCAUGUGACACAAACCGCUGCACUAUUAUUAUUUUGUAUUCUUAUGAACAACACAUCACUGUUACUAAUGACGCUACCUACCACCUAUAAAACUGUAUGUCAAGGACUCAAGUUUAUCAAGAGGGACAAAUUCUCUUUUCUCUUCUCUUCUAGGUGUUGAGUUACAUGCAUUUUUACUACAGACUUUUAUAUAGUAUAUCAGUUCAUGGACAAAGUUCAUACGAUGGUUCGUCUAUGACACAACAUGUUCUCUAGAGAACUAGAUGGAUUUUUAUUAUUUGCACAACCGUCUACCUAACUGGGUCAUCUUGCCUUUUCAAAAUACCCCCCAGCUGGUCUUCACUAGACCAGUCCUGCUGUUUGUUUUUACUGCGAUCAUAUUUCAGCUCGAUUCGUUUUAAGAUUGGGCAAGUGCGUAACCACUAAUGCUGAUAAGAUUAAGUUGCCAGGUUUCAGUAAAGUUCUGUUUGGACUUAAGCCUCAAUCAAGAGUACGCUCAUUUUAAUUUAAUUUAAAUUUUUUAAAUAGAAAAAGUACCUCAGUUGCAACAAAAUGGAAAAAGGGUGCUAUUUGUGUGAAAUGGUUAAAGUAAUGAAAAUGUUAUGAAUGGUCAUUAUACAUGUUUGUAAUCAAAGACUUGUAUGGGAGAGACAUGUACUUACAGUUGUAGCACAAGUGAAGAGUUCACACGGUGCUGGUUUCUUCUAUUUCUAACUAACGGGUAUAAUAAAAAUGGAGGUUUUGCAGGUGA